UCCCCUUUCGGGUGGGUGCAAAGGCAGGGAAGCGGAGAGAAGAAGCCUUGUUCCUUUCCAUUCCAGUGGCUCUUUUGGAAAAGAUCAAGGUGGAAGACUCUGUUGGAGCAGGAGCUAAGAAACCGGCUGGUGAACAUGCAAGACAGUGUUAGUGUUGAUACUUGGAGACAGCUGGUUUCUCUGGAGGUUUGGAGCAGUGAAGAAUACCUGGAAAGAACUGUGGUAGACAAUUUACAUAGGGGUCCUGUCAGCCCCAAAAUCCAGCACCAGCAUUUCCGGGAGUUCUGCUACCAGGAGGAGGAAGGGCCCCGAGCGGUUUGUAGCCAGAUCCACCGUCUUUGCCAUCAGUGGUUGAAGCCAGAAAAGCACACCAAGACGGAGAUACUAGACUUGAUCGUCCUCGAACAGUUCCUCACUGUCCUUCCACCAGAGGUGGGGAUCUGGAUCAGAGAGUACAGACCGGAAUCCACUUCCCAGGCAGUGUCCCUGGCGGAAGGUCUCCUCUUGAGCCAGGCAGCAAAUAGGAAACAGGAAGAGCAGCAGAAAAAAGAAGCAUCUUCCCCUUCCAUUCCUGUAGCUCUUUUGGAUGAGAUCAGAGUGGGACGCAGCGCUGGUGCUGAAGCUGGGAGGCAGCUGGAUGACAUGAAGGUACAGAGCAACGAGGACUUCCCAGAAAGAACGGCAGAGAACAACCUCCACGGGGAGCCUCUGCACCCAGAUGUUCAGGGUCAGCAUUUCCAGGGAUUCUGCUACCAGGAGGAGGAAGGGCCCCGAGCGCUUUGUAGCCAACUCCACCGUCUCUGCUGCCAGUGGUUGAAGCCAGAAAAACACACCAAGACAGAAAUGCUGGACCUGGUCAUCCUCGAACAGCUCCUGACUGUCCUCCCUCUAGAGAUGGGGAUCUGGGUCAGAGAGUGCAAGCCGGAAUCCACGUCCCAGGCCGUAUCCCUGGCAGAAGGUUUCCUCCUGAGCCAGGCAGCAGAUAAGAAGCAGGAGGAGCAGCAGCAGCGGGGAUUUUCAAAAUCGGCCACCGGCUUCCCUCAGGCAGCGGAUGCUCCAUCAGACGCGGGACAGAGGCCUCUCCUCCUGAAGAACGAGAAGGGAACGGGUGAAGGGGCUGCCCUGCCAUACCCUGGAAGCAGGCUGGGGACUCAUCCUCAUUCAUCUCUUCAUUGUGCAGGAAUGGAAACAGGCACCGGGCAGCCAGAACAGGGUCCGGUCGCUUUUGAAGACAUUGCUGUGUUUUUCACGGAGGAGGAGUGGGCCCUGCUGGAUCCAGGCCAACGGGCUCUGCACCGAGAGGUCAUGGAGGAAAAUUUGGCCCAUGUGGUGUCUCUGGCUGCUAGCGUGACUGAAGGCAAGUUUAAGGAAGAACCACUUCAAGUAUGCUUUGAAAAAGUAACUGAGGAGGAGAAACCCCAGGGAAUAAAAACUGAAAUUGGGGAGCAGAGGGACGAGUCCUUUCCUUUUCCACACAGAAACUUCUGUGAACAUUCUGUGCCAGAAGAAACAAACCAAAGUAACGAAAGUCUCAAGGACUCGGUGUGCAAGGAAAUUUUCCAAUGUCAGGCCAGUCUAAAUGCUCAGUGGGAGAUCCAACGAGGGAGCAAAAUGGUGGAAAGCUCAGAGUACAGUGAGGAGUUUUGUCAUACUUCAUCUCCAGAAAGAGAUAGGACGAAGCAGAGAGAAAAGGAAAUGCUUAGCUACGUAGGCUCUGAAAAGGGCAUCAGUCAGAGCACAGACCCAGAUCUCACUUGUCAUGUGAGACUCCACACAGGGGAGAAACCAUUUGAAUGCUCAGAAUGUGGAAAGCAGUUCAGUGAGAGCACCGACCUUGCUCGCCAUUUGAGAAUCCACCCCGAGAUGACUUCCUUUCCAUGCCCAGAAUGUGGGAAGUGCUUCCGUCGCUGCAAAUACCUUGUUUCCCACAUGAAAAUCCACACCGGGGAGAAACCUUUUACAUGUUUGGAAUGUGGGAAAAGUUUCACUCGUAAAGAUACCCUUCUUUCCCAUGAAAGAAUCCACACGCAGGAGAAACCAUUCGAAUGCUCAGAUUGUGGGAAGAGCUUUCGGGAUAAGGCAACCCUUCGUUCCCAUGUAAGAAUCCACACAGGGGACAAACCCUUUAAAUGCACAGAAUGUGGAAAGAGCUUCAGGGAAAGAAAGAACCUGCGUUGCCACAGAAAAAUCCACACAGGAGAGAAACUGUUUGACUGCUCAGAAUGUGGGAACAGCUUUGGAUAUAAAUAUAGCCUUCUUUUGCAUAUGAAAAUCCACACAGGGGAGAAACCAUUUAAAUGCAUGCACUGUGAGAAGAGUUUCCGUCAGGGCGCAAGCUUCCAUGCGCAUAUGAGAAUCCACACAGGGGAAAAGCCUUUUCAGUGCUUGGAAUGUGGAAAGAACUUCAGGCAGAACUCAAGCCUUGCUUCCCAUAUGAGAACACACACUGGAGAGAAGCCAUUUAAAUGUGUAGAAUGUGGGAAAUGCUUCAGUCAGAGCUCACAACUUGCUUGCCAUAAGAAAAUCCACACUGGGGAGAAACCAUUUACAUGCUCAGAAUGUGAAAAGAGCUUCAGUCAGAGCACAUACUUGGCUUCCCAUAUGAGAAUCCACACAGGGGAGAAACCCUUUAAAUGCUUGGAAUGCGGGGAAAGCUUCAGCCAUAGCACAAGUCUUAAAUAUCACAUGAUAAAGCACACAGGGGAGAAACCAUUUAAAUGCCUGGAAUGUGGGAAGAGCUUCAGUCACAAUACAAGUCUUAAAUAUCAUAUGAUAAUGCACACAGGGGAGAAGCCAUUUGCAUGCUUGGAAUGUGGAAAGUGCUUCAAUCAGAGGACACAUCUUGCUCGCCAUAUGAGAAGCCACACUGGGGAGAAACCCUUUAAAUGCCUGGAGUGUGGGAAGAGCUUCAGUCAUAGCACAGCCCUUGCCCCUCAUAUGAGAAUCCACACAGGGGAGAAACCAUUUACAUGCUUGGAAUGUGGGAAGCGCUUCAGUCAGCGUGCACACCUCCCUGUUCAUCUCGAAACCCACAGAGAGAGGGAGAUGCUGUGGACGUUUGUGGAGUGUACAGAAAAUCCAGGGGAGGGUGUACCAUUUACAAGCCAUGAAAAAAUCCAUACAGCUGAGAAUAAUGCAGAUAUAUCUCCAUAGUCUCAACAUUCCAUGU